AUGGAAACCGGGCACAUUGCCUUCACUCUGUAUGUGGGAGUAGUUGUUUUCUGUCUCUUCAAGUUCAUCUCCCAUAGAAUCGACAGAGCAGCCAGACAAAAGCGACUAUCGCGAGAACAUGACUGUCAACCUAUUCAUGUCAAGUAUCCCCACAAAGAUCCAAUCUUGGGGAUCGAUAUUUUCAUCCGUAACGUCAAGGCAGUCUCUAAACACAAUUUUCUGGAAACUGUGACCAAACGACAUGAAGAGGUCGGGGAGACUUACCAGCUUAAUAUGCUUGGCACAGUCGGCAUCAUGACUCGAGACGAAGAGAUCAUCAAAACUGUUCUCUCUACACGUUUCAAGGACUAUAAUCUCCAUGAGGAGCGAAAGAAGGCGCUGAAUCCGCUAUUGGGACAAGGCAUAUUCAGUUCGGACGGCCUUUCUUGGGCUCAUUCGCGCUCUCUCCUUCGACCUCAGUUUGCUCGUUCACAACUCAUGGACUUGUCGAUGCUGGAGAGCCAUGUUAGCUGCCUGAUGAGCCUAAUUCCUAACGGAAAGGAAAUAGAACUUCAAGAGCUCCUCCUACGCUUUACCAUGGACAUGGCCACCGACUUUCUUUUUGGAGAGUCUACCAACAGCUUGCUCGCAGACAGGGACGGCUACCACAGCAAAUUGGAUGGCUUUGCCGAGUCAGUUCAGUAUGCCCAAGACCGAAUCGCAAUACACAUGGCGUUGGGUAAAUGGGCCUUGCUCAAGCCGGACCCGAAGUUCAAGCAUCACGUCCGUGUGGUGCACAAGUUUGUCGACGAGCUCGUCCACAAGGCGCUGCAUGGGAAUGACCCAGAUACCAAAACACAACCGUAUAUCCUGCUGAGAGCUCUAGUCGAGGACACCCAAGAUCCGAUCCGUAUUCGGGAUGAAGUCAUAAAUAUUUUAAUCGCUGGACGAGAUACCACUGCCAGCCUGAUCAGCAACGUUUUCUUCCUCCUCUCAAAACGACCGGGACUGUGGUCAAUGCUGCGGAACGAAGUUCUGACGCAGUUUAAAGACCAGCCACCAGCAUUUGAAGACAUACCGCAAUGCAAGUACAUUCGGUAUACUAUAAAUGAAUCGCUGAGAUUAUUCCCACCCGUUCCCGUCAACUCACGAGUCGCGAAUUGUGAUACAGUCCUCCCGAGAGGAGGCGGGGUAGAUGGGAAAUCCCCGCUCUUCAUUCCAAAAGGAACCCCUGUCAUAUAUAACGUCUUUGGCCUGCAUCGUCGACAGGAUGUAUAUGGCUCUGAUGUCGAAGAAUUCAAGCCAUCGCGGUGGGAAUCCUUGCGACUGUCUUGGGAGUUUCUUCCAUUCAAUGGUGGCCCAAGGAUUUGCAUUGGCCAGCAAUUCGCCCUUAUAGAAGCUAGCUAUGUACUGAUUCGAUUCCUGCAAUGUUUCGAGACUGUCGAGUCAAAAGACGAGAGACCGUGGCAAGAGAAGAUUGCAUUGACGGUUUCCAAUCGUAAUGGAGUGCGCGUGUCGUUCACCCGCACAUAA